AUGGCACUUUUAAUUUCCUUUCUAAAAAUAUUAUUUCUAAAAUCGAUAGCAUAUGAAAAUUGUAUGACCGAUGAUGCAGCUGAUUGUAGAUUUACAGAUUUUUAAAUUGCUGGAACAAUUGGUGGAACUUUAGGAAGGUGUGGUUCAGACCCUAAAAAUUUAUAUUUGGGACCUUUUGGAUAAAGAACGACACUAACUAAAACUUUUACAAAUAUUCCCCCUAAUAAAGAAUUGGAAAUGUCAUUUAAUGUUUGGAAAUUAGACUCUUGGGAUGCUGAAGGAUUUGAGAUUUAUGUGAAUAACGAAUUAUUAGAAAAUCUAGUCAUUUAAUUUGGUAAAGGUGCAAUGAUUUGUAGAAAUGAGUUGUAUGAAGAUUCCCUAGAGCCCCUUUCAUUUAAAUUUUCUAUUAUAGGAAGUGAUUUAAUAAUUAAAAUUAAAGAUAAUUUAGAUUAAGAUCUUUCGGAUGGUAUAUGUAAAUGAUUUUUAGAAUCCUGGGGAAUAAGAGACUUUGUUUUAAGACUAAAAGUUCCUUGUGUAAACUUUUAUAGUGAAUGUAAUUAUACUGGAACAUUAUUGUAAAUAUGCCAAGGAGAGUAAUCAAAAUUACAAAACUACAUUCCUUUUGAAAUCAAAUCAAUCUGGAUGGGUUCUGGUAUUAUUGUCUAAUUGAAAGGCCCAAAUUUCUUUGAUGGUGUAUUACAAGAGUUCACCUCUUCCUAAUCAUGCUUGGACGGAUUUUAGGUAUUCAUGACAUUAAGAAUUCUUAGUUUCCAAAAGUUAUAUAUUAGGAAUGA